CGAUCACCACCAAGGAAGCCCGAGCUCGAAACCCUCCUCCGCCUCCCUGUCUAAACCCCACCGCCGAAAUGUUCCUCCGGUCCCUACUCCGCCGCGGCGCCGCCGCCGGCGGCAUUCGCGCUCCCGCCGCGCGCCUGGACCCGCCCGCUUCCCUGGCUUCGCUCCUCCUCGCCUCCCGCUCCUACGCCAAGGCCAAGGGCGGGGGCAAGCCGGCGGCAUCCACCAGUAACCGUGGCAAGAUCCGCGUCAAGGAUCCCAAAGGUGUGGCGUCCGAGGACGCCUCAGCGUCCGGGGAAUCCUCCGCAUCCACUGGCGGGGCGGACGAGCUCGACGCCGAGUUCGAGAUGCCCACCGACCCGCUGCCCCCGUCCUACGAUCCGGCGCUCGACGUCGGGCCCGGUGGCCGCCCGCUCUUCGCCUUCACCGACACCUUCGCGUCUUUCUCACACCGCGGUGCCAAUGCCUACGUCGAUUUCACUAAGGAUGAAUGGGAUGCCACUUUACCGGAGGGAUUACCAGCAGGGAUGAUGAAGGAGUUUCAGGAUACGAGACGGUGCGCUGUGAUGGUGAGGGAAAGCUUCCUCGACCUGCGGGAUAACUUCCGGAGAAUUGUUGACCCGGCCAUUACAGCCAAGCGCAAAGAGACCAAAAGACAAAUCAUCUUGGAUGGCCCUCGGAGUUGUGGUAAAAGCAUUGCACUUGCGAUGCUUGUGCACUGGGCCCGUACUGAAGGAUGGCUUGUGUUCUAUGUUCCCCAUGGGAGGGAUUGGACUCAUGGAGGAUUCUUCUAUAGAAACACCUACAGUGAUCUUUUCGAUACUCCAGUACAGGCUGGGAAAGUUUUGCAGGAUUUUUUGAAGUACAACGAAACCCGCUUACAGCAAUUACCAUGUCAAAUUCUUGAGCCUAUUCCCCUGGGAGAAGGUACUGGUGUUGGAAUGAUGAAAGGGGCUGAUACGGUGGAAAUGCCUGAAGGGUCCACAUUGUACGAUCUCAUUCAAACUGGGAUAACCCACUCGCAUGCUGCAGUUGGUGUUGUAGUUCGCCUAAGAAAGGAACUGUCACUUGUUAAAGAUGUGCCUGUGUUGUUUGCCAUUGACCAGUAUAACAGUUGGUUUACAUUCACCGAGUUCCAGGAGCCUGUAACUGUUAGAUCUUGUAGAUCGAUCCAUGCGAAAGAGCUUGCAAUGGUCAAUGCUUAUAGGCCAAUGCUUCAUGAUGAUAUGAUGGUAGGAGCCUUUUCACAUUCAACUGCAGUUGGCAAAUUACGGCAGGAGCUCCCAGAUGUUCCCUCCGAUGCUCGUUUGAUGUUUCCACGGUACACCGCAGAUGAAGCAGAGACUGUGUGCCAUUAUUAUAUGAGGCAAAAGAUUAUCCGACGCGAGAGUUUUUCGGAAGAGAAGUGGAAAAAGAUCUACUAUUUGUCAAAUGGAAAUGGCUCAGAGAUGAGGUGGCUUGCUGCGUUUAUAUGAGUUUCUGAUGCCUGGAAUGAUAUAUAAGAAAAGUUGCCGCCUCUAUUCCAGCAGGCCACUUCCUCACUGUUGUAUACCUUGUAUUAUGCCUAUGGAACUGCUGUGAGCAAAUUGCUACCUUGUCAAAUAUCCGACAUUUCUCCCUGCAUUAGAAGUGCGAACAUAUUUUGGCUAUAGCUCUAAAUUUUAUCCAUGUGUCCUGACAACAUUCUUUAUGGGUACUGAGUACUGACUGGGACUAGUGAGCUGCCUUAGCAGUGGAGGAUAUAAGAAUAAGCAACUGCUGUAUAACUUUUUUUUUUA